CCCCCUCCCAUCCAAUGCAUCCUCCACCUUCUCAAAAAGCCAUGAUGCCCAGAUAAAAAUGGUCGGUUUCCACCAUUAGAAUAAUUCACGGUGCAGAAGAAGCAAAGCCACCAAUGAAGACAUCACCACUACUACCCCGUGCUAUAAAUCCAUCCAUCUUUUCCCCUUUCCCCAGCUGACUUACUCCAUUAUCCUCUGCAAACUCCUCUUCUCUAAAGCUUAGUUCGCACGCAUUCUCCUCCACCAGGCCGACUUGCUGUUAAGACAGCGACAACCACGUACUGUUCAUGCAUGUCGUGUUCAUUGAAUUCUUAGAGCCUAGUCUCUGCUAACCAGUGGGCAGACCCAUAAUCUUCGAUAGUGAGAGCACUUGCAUCGCAUAUCUAUAUAUAUAUAUAUAUAUAUAGAGAGAGAGAGAGAGAGUAGCGAGAAUUAGAGUGCAAUUGUCUCUGUUCUAAGCUACCAAUGGAGCUAACUAGGAUAAUCCUACUGCUAGCCUUUAUUUACCUUGGCUUCUCCUGUACUUGUAUUCAAGGGAGGCAUCCCCAUAAGAAACACCACCCAAAGCACAGCAUUGCAUUGCCUCCAAUGGCAGAUCCUCCCUCUGAACCUCCCGAGCCUAUGAACUCGACCAAUGUUCCUCCUGCUCUCUCUCCUCAGCCCAAUGCCGCAGGCUCUGACACGAAUUCCACGAACUCCACUAGUCCUCCUCCUCUUAGUAGUCCCAUCAGUCCGGGCUCCCCUGGGAACUCCACCAAUUCAACCAAUGUUCCUAUACCUUUCCCUCCCGCUCCUGCGCCCACUGACGCAGGGACUGAUGGAAAUUCCUCAAACUCCACCGCUAUUUUCGACGUACGAUCGUUUGGAGCGGUGGGUGAUGGAGUUUCUGAUGACACUGAAGCAUUCGAGAGUGCAUGGGUCUCUGCAUGUCAAGCCGGGUCCGGAGUCCUCCUUGCUCCACAAGGCUACUCCUUCAAGAUUCGGUCAGCUAUCUUCACUGGCCCUUGUCAGAGCGGACUAGUAUUUCAGGUUGACGGGAUUGUUAUGCCCCCCGACGGUCCCCAUUCAUGGCCACAGAGCAACAGCAGGAGGCAAUGGCUCGUGUUUUACAGAGCUGAUGGGAUGACGCUGCAAGGAGGAGGGCUGAUCGAUGGCAAAGGAGAGAAGUGGUGGAAUCUUCCUUGCAAACCUCACAAGGGGAUAAACGGGAUGACGUUGCCUGGAUCGUGUGACAGUCCUGUUGCAUUGAGGUUCUUCAUGAGCUCAAAUCUAACAGUUCGUGGGCUGAAAAUUCAGAACAGCCCUCAGUUCCACUUCCGGUUCGACAACUGCAAGAAUGUGACUAUUGAUUCAAUUUUUAUAACCUCACCUGCUCGGAGCCCCAACACUGACGGCAUACAUGUGGAGAACACUGAGACUGUGGGAAUUUACAAUUCAGUCAUCUCCAAUGGUGAUGAUUGCAUAUCCAUUGGAUCCGGUAGCCUAAACAUAGACAUACAAAAUGUAACAUGUGGUCCAAGCCAUGGUAUCAGCAUUGGGAGCCUAGGAAAACAGAACUCCCGCGCUUGUGUGACAAAUAUAACAGUAAGGAAUGCAGUCAUAAAGCACUCAGAUAAUGGAGUAAGGAUCAAGACAUGGCAAGGUGGGUCAGGGUCGGUAUCGUCGAUCACCUUUGAGAACAUACACAUGGAUACAGUGAGGAACCCGAUCAUCAUCGACCAGUACUAUUGCCUCAGUAAACCAUGUUCAAAUCAAACAUCCGCAGUCUACAUAUCAGAUAUCUCCUACACCAACAUCCGGGGCACCUACGAUGUCAGGAGCCCGGCCAUUCAUUUUGGGUGCAGCGACUCGGUUCCAUGUACCAACAUCACAGUAACAGAGGUGGAACUUCUCCCCUCACAAGGGAACAUCAUCUCAGAACCUUUCUGUUGGAAUGUGUAUGGUGUCUCCGAGACGCUAACAAUUCCUCCAGUCUCGUGCUUGUUGGACGGUCUACCUCGAUCGAUCAUGGACAUCGAGGCUGACAAAUGCUUCUAAAGAAGUUGAAGAGCAGAUAUCACUGCUUGUAUGUCAAAGGGUAUAGGUCUGUAUAUCUAGGCAAAAGAUCUAGAGGGGUAAAAGGAAAGGAAAAUGUAAUGCAUAGCCCCUGGUUAAUCAAUGUAACAGUACACUUGGAACAAGGAAACAUGUUCUGAGCUGAUCACCCAAGUAUAAGAAGGCCUAUGUUAUAUGUUUACUUGAGCAAACUUUUAGCACUAAACUAUAAAAGAACAUGCUGAAUAUUGCAAUGAUCAUGGGAUAAGAACAAGUAGAUCAUAUGACAAUAGUUGCACAUGACAUGAUACAUGCACAAAAACAAAAUCGUUGCAUAUGGGAUCGGUUUUCACCUACAUAUACAGCGACAAGCAUCGACAGGUAAUUCAUGCAUGCAUAUGUACGUACACUUAUACAUGAGAGAUAUAAUAACUGCCUAUUUCGAUCAAGAACUGAAAAAAAAAAGUGCCUCCACAGCUCCUACAUGUUUAAACAUAAUAUCAAAUAAAUGAGGAUAAUUAAGAUGAUAUGCUUUCUGGAAAAAAUAAGCAGGGGUCAGAUAGUAUUUCCCAUGGUUUAACUGAGGGAACACGUAUUUUGUAUUCAUAGUAAUUGAUUCAGGGAAUGGCUGAUUUUGUGGUCAAACAUUGCUCAAACCUGACUCCAGAAUAUGUGACGCAAUCUGCAACUCUGGCGAUGUGGUGCUUCCUUUUGUAUCCUUUGAGACUGGUGCAUCUUUUGAACAGUACUAUCUGCUUAACAGGUGGGGCAAUUCCUAAUGACUGAACAAAGCACAUUUUAACAAAUAGUAAUAUAAUUGAUGAGUUAUUAGGCUAAUCUCUUAAUCUUUUACUAAUUUAACUUUGUAUUAUUAAGUGGAGUAAGAACAGAGCUUUUGCUAAACCUUAACUGUUGAAUGGAAAGUGUAGGAAAAGAUUGAUAAAGUUCACAGCUAGUUUAUCACAAUACAGACCUCUCUUCUGCCAUUUCUUUUGCAAGAGAACUCUUGCAGAUGGAAAGGAUCACGAAGCAAUGCUUCUCCGAAAAUGCUCUGCUCCGGUGGCAAUUAGUAUCCAAAACUUAGAGAGCAACAAGAGAGGACCAUUCACUUUGUCAAGACGACCGGGCAAUAUGGGAUUGCAAAUUUAAAUCUGCCUCACUAGGUUUGAGUCUCAAAGGCUUUAAUGAGCUUCAUGGCAUAUUAGUAAGAUGAUAGUUUAGAUAACUUACCAGCUUUUUAUAUUUCCAUCAUUUGGAAGCAGAGGUAUAGUAGAUGAUUGAAAUAUUAAUAUAUGAGAUGUUGGAGUUAUCCAUUAACGUAUGAGAAAAUGGAAAGUGAGAAUAUUAUUUUUUUGUUGACACUUUGCUAUUUAAUAACAAAAACACAAAAAUACAACCUAAUUGUAAAUGCUUUCCUCCUUGUUUUCUAGCAAACGAAAAGUAAAGUGGAGAUGUUAGUGUGUUUGUGGGCGCGGGAGAUAAAGAGAAGCUUUCUGUUUGUACCUUGGAAAGUUCAUGAGCACGAGAGAGAAAAUAAAAGAGCACUGUGAAUGAAUUAUUGGAUGGAUAUAAAAAGGAGUAAGAAGUAAUUAAUGGAUAGCUUCUUAGCUCACGAGUGGCGAGAGGGAUGCAAAGGGGAAAAGUUGAAACGCUUUGACGAACCGAAAGCUAUUUUGUACGUGGCGGCAUGGUCGUAGUGCUCUCUCUCACGCGCAACAGCUAGUAAUUAUCAUGGAAACGGGCCUGCGAGGCUUACGUAGGCCGGUGCACGACCUUAACGCCAAAAGAAUCCACCACCGAUUCUCUCUCUCUCUCUCUCUCUCUCUCUCUCUCUCUGCAGCACUCUUGUGCUCUUUGUCUGGCGGCUUUGCUUUGAAAAGCUUUUUUUUUUAUAAGAUUUCUUUGAAAAGCUUUGGAAGCAAAUGUGGGAACAUGGAUGGCCAAAUGGGGUCAUGGGCAUGUGUCCUCUGCACGAGUUCUCCUCAAAUAAUACCCCGGAUUCUGGGGCUCUUCAAAUAUUCCUUGCACAUCCUUGGAUAAAAAGAUGGUGGUAGAUUUGGGGGCUUUUGGGGGAAUGCCAUCUUGACACAUGGGGUUUCUCAUUUGUGCCACCUUUGCCCAGAGCUUUUUCUAUAACCACUGCUUCUCUUUGGAUGAUUUUAAGGAAGAUUCCAGUAGACAAAAUAAUGCACACUUUAAUCAGCACCACUGCAUGAUAUAAUAAGGUAAAAUGAAAAUUGUAAGACAAAAUGGAACAGAUUUUGAUUAAGUUUUAACUCAUUCGCAAUCCCAUCAACUACAAACCAGCAUCUUGAUUUAUCCCAAUGUGAGUUACGAAACCAUCUCCAGAUUUCAACAUGACCUCCAAGUGUUACUGAUAUUAACAUAUUAGCGCCGGUCUCAUUUAACAAAGAUUCAUGAUAUCAAAUGCUGAGAUAACAUUCCAAGGCUAUCAUACUCUAUAUCAGGGCUCCUUUCAAUUCAAUGAAGUCGGAACGAUGCACCACCAUCCAGACCAAGGUCUAACAUCAGUAUGUCCUAUUUCAUUGUUCCCAAGUGAGCAGUAGUAGACUGAACCCUGAGUCUCAUUUAACUAUGAUUCAUUGUAUCGGAUGCUGAAAUAAAAUUCCUAGGCUAUCAUACUCUAUAUCAGGACUCCUUUUAAUUUAAUGAAGAUGGAAGGAUACUCUAUUUCAUUGUUUAGACUGAACGCUGACAGCAGCACAACAGCUUGCUGAGGCCUUCCCUUCCGAGAGAUUAUACCUCUCCCCGCAACUCGGGGAACCUGAAACAUCUCCUGAAAUAAGAGGUGUUUUCAACCACUCGGCGCACCAAGUGCGAAGGCUUCAUUAUUGCAUCUAUAAUACGGCAUAAGGACCAUCACCCAUAAGUUCCUUGCAUGGCCUAAUCUUUUAUACCCAAAGCAUGCAACCAAAGUGAUGAUCUAGGACCACAGUUGAACCACAGCCAAAAGGUGGUCCUAUGGAGAUAGGAGUUCUUUUACAAAAACCAGAAGCUAAUGUACAAAAUAUGUGCAACUUGAACUAUUUUAUCUGAAGCAUGAGUGGCAUUAAAAUAAUUGGAAUGCAUGAGUUUCUGAACAUAGAAAAUUUCAUUAGGGAAAAAAUUAUAAAGAUAAUAUUUCACAACUGAAAGUGAUAAAAAGAUAUUUUUGAUGGCAAUCAUUAUGUUACGUGUGAUUUAUUUUAUUGGGCAGCAUUCAAUCUUUUUUUUUUUUGUUUUUAUUUCUCUAACUUCAUAACUUUCGCAUCUUUUAUUAUAUCUUUCCAAAUCUAAGUUUGAAGAUAGGAUUUCGUGCGUAUAUUUACAUAUUACAAGUGUCUGAAUUCCAAACUAUAUAAAAAAAAAUUUCUCAAAGCAAAUCACCCAAUACGACAAAACUCAAAAGCUUUAAUUAUGUGCUUAUGUUAUUUAACAAUACCUCAGCCACAACGGAACGAAGCCAGCACAGCAAAAGUAAAACGACCAAGUACCCAUUUAGGGAACAUGGAUCGGACUAAGGGGAAGCCUGCAGAAAGCCAGGGGCCUUCCCUUCUGCUUUAAAAACUUGCUAGGUGGCUUUACAGAUGCUCUCUGCUUCUAAAGAGGAGGGGAAUGUCGGGUGCGAAAAGCUGCACAAAGAUAUCCCAUAGCAUAAAGAUGAUGCUAUACAAAUGAGAAUCUCAACAGAGCAAAAGCUCAUAAAGGUGACAACAUUUCUUUUGGAACACGCACAACAUCCACCCACCACCCAUGGAUUUUUGUCAUUUGUUAUUUUGUAAGAA